AUGGAACCCCGCCAACGUGAGCAUGGGCAUGAGCAUGUCCAAGUCAAGGACUCAUUCCUAGUGGGCAAAGCGUUGCUCAAUUUCACUUCCAUUUUCGUUUCGCUAGGUGUCUUUUUAUUUGGGUUUGAACAAGGGUUGAUGUCCUCCUUGAUCACCAACAACUACUUCAAACACUAUUACCAUAAUCCAAGCCCUGCGGCAAUCGGUAUCAUGAUUGCCAUUUUGGAAAUCGGGGCGCUUUUUUCUUCGUUUAUUGCAGGGCGGGUAGGAGAUUUAGUUGGGCGCAAGAGAACUAUCCGGUAUGGCUCGUUCAUCUUUGUUGUGGGUGCGUUAGUGCAAGCCAUGUCGCCAACUAUCUUGAUCUUGAGUGGAGGCAGAUUGAUUGGAGGUGUAGCUAUCGGGUUCCUUACUACCAUUGUCCCCAUUUAUCAAUCUGAAAUCAGUCCACCUUCAGAUCGUGGCUUUUAUGCAUGUGCUGAAUUCACGGGCAACAUCAUCGGUUACGCGGCUAGUAUAUGGGUCGAUUACGGAUUUUCAUUUUUGGAUAGCAAUUGGAGCUGGAGGAAUCCACUCAUUGUGCAGCUUGUCAUGGGGUUUUUGCUUUGGUGUGGCACUUUUAUCAUUGUUGAGACUCCGCGCUGGUUGUUGAACCAUGACCACGAUUUGGAAGGUAUGGUUGUUAUUGCUGAUAUGUACGCCGAUGGAGACGUUGAGGAUGAACAUGCCAAGAAUGAAUAUCGACAAAUCAAAGAAGGCGUCCUCAUUGACCGCAUCGAAGGCGGCGAGAGAUCUUAUGAGUACUUAUUCAAGCGUUAUGCAAAGAGAUUGUCUGUCGCGUGCUUUGGCUUGAUGUUUGCUCAGUUGAAUGGUAUCAAUUUGAUUUCCUACUAUGCACCAAUGAUUUUCGAAAGUGCAGGCUGGGUUGGAAGACAAGCUAUACUCAUGACGGGCAUCAAUGCCAUCAUUUACGUCUUGAGCACCAUCCCACCUUGGUAUCUCGUUGACUCGUGGGGAAGGAAACCAUUGCUCAUGUCGGGCGCGUUGGUCAUGGGCAUCACCUUGUACACGGCCGGUUGGUCAUUACACUUGAACAACGAGCACACUGCUGCCAUUGUUGUCACCUCCAUCAUAAUUGCCAACGCCGCGUUUGGUUACUCGUGGGGUGGAAUUGGAUGGCUCUUGCCUUCUGAAAUCUUGCCCCUUUCCGUGAGAUCCAAAGGCGCCGCCAUUGCCACCGCUACAAAUUGGCUCUCCAACUUCGCCGUGGGAUUGGCAUCGCCAAUCUUGCUCGAUGAGAUUAAAUGGAAAACCUAUUUGAUACCAGCUACAUGUUGCAUCGUGUCCUUCUUUGCCGUGUGGUACUUGUUUCCUGAAACUAAAGGGUUAUCGUUGGAGGAAAUGGGGUCGGUGUUUGAUGAUAAAUCAUCCAUCUUUUCCUACCAUGCCUCGGGCAACGUUGGCGGCGAUGGCAAUAGCAGUAGCAGCAUUCGAAACUAUGGCGCUACUGCAGAUGUUGCCGCUAGACCAGUAGGAGACUUGGCUGCUGCCACCGACUCUGUCCAAACAGUAGCAUCAAUGCAAAGAAACCCGGCCACCAUGCGGCCCGAAACCAACAUCAUCACGGGCGCCAGCUCCAGCCAGAUCCCAACUCACACAGCCGUGAAGUCCAUCAAGUCCGACGUUACUGCCACAGACGACACCGCAGCUGAUAUCAACGUGAUUCAAGAGAUCGAGCCACCUUCAUUGGAUGCCAUAUUGAUGUACAAAAAGAAUGAACAGCAAAAGCCACCUUUUUACAAGAGAUGGUUUGAAAAGGAAGCCACAUCAAAGAGCAUCAAUGAUGAAGAAAGCAGAUUGUUGUGA